AUGUUACCAAUGUCAUCUUCAAAUCAUCAUACACAUAUGGAAACAAGUUGGAAAACAUAUUAUGAUGCAAAAAAAAUUCUUCGUCAAACUGAACAACGUUUAAAAGAAACACGUGAUUAUUAUCCACAUGUUCAUUUAAAUAAUCAUUAUGAUAAUAAUAAUGAUUUAUCAACAUUAUCAUCAUCAUCAUCAUCAUAUUUAUUACAUGGUGAUACAUCAUUAAUUCAUGCUGGUAAUAGAUCAAUAUUAAAUGAUGAUCGUACAAUUAAUACUAAACAUCAACAAUUACUUGAUUCAGAAGCAUUACAAACAAUUCGUAGAAAAAUUAGUAAACAAAAAUUAGCAGCAGAACGUCGUGCUGAAAAUAUAUUUCAUUCUCAAUCAGAUGCUGGUCAUAUGUUUGAAUCAUAUCAACCUCAUAGUACAUAUUCAACUUCUGCUAGUUUACAAAAUCUUCAUUAUUCUCCAUAUCGUCAACAACGUAUUUCACCUCCAAAAUUUCAACCAUCAUAUACAACACAUCUUUCUCAAUCUCAAUCAUUUCCAUCAGAACUUGAUAAUGUUCUUCGAACUUCGACAAAUUCAAAAAUUUUACAUAAAAAUAAUGAUUUUGAACGACAAACAAUUCAUCAAUCAAAUAUACAUAAAAUACCUAAACAUAUAUCGAAAGAUAAUUAUUCAUUAACGAAUGGUCGAUUAAUUCAACAACGUAGUACAAGUGCAUCGAAUAGUCUUACAACUAGAUAUCAAGAUCUUCCGUCAUCUCAUUAUUUAAAUUCAAAUGAUAGUCAACGAUUAAAACAUGUUGUUCGUCAUGUUGAAUCUUCUGCUUAUACUUCAUCAGGUUUAAGUGCUAAAACAAAUUUAAUAACAUCAGAACCAAUUGUUGCUAAAAAAUCAUCAUCAAUAUCUCAACAAGAAAAAUUAUUAAAAAAAAAACCAAUAACAGAAAUAAUUAAUAAACGAAUAAAAACAGAUAUUGAAGAAUCAUUAAGUUAUACAAAUCAACGAACAGAAAAAAUAUUUAAAUCAAAACGUGAUACUAGUGCGUCGAAACCAUCUAGUAUUAUUACAGAAAAAACCCCAUUAAAACCACCAUUACCGAAACAUGAACAAGAUAAAAUACGACGAGAUAAAUAUAAAAAAUUCAAUGAACCAAUUAAAGAAAAUUCUCAUCAAUCAUUAACAAAAAGAACAACAUCAGCAUUUACACCUAUAACACCAAAAGAUUUAACAGAACAAACACGUCAACGUUUAGUUCAUUUGCUUGGACCAUCUUCAGAUUAUCUUACAAAUAAAUCAUUGGAAUCACCAUCUUCACUUGAACAUUCAUCAUCAUCAUCGAUUUCUUCAUCUAAUGAUUCCGUAGUUGAAGUUCAACAAAUAAAAUCAAAUGAUCCUAUAACAGUACGAUCACGUUCAGAACCACCGAUACAAAAUGGUGGUACUAAUAACAAUGUACAUCGUCAGGAAAAUUUACUUCGAUGGGCUGGUAAUUUAACAAGAGAUUGUGAUAUUGUAGAAAAUAGAUUUAAAUAUUUACGAUCAAAUAGUACACAACCAUAUGAUACUAUUUCAUCAUUAUAUCAACAUGAUGAUGGAAAUUUACGUUAUCAAACAUUAAAUUCUGAAACAAUAACACAUUUAAAUCAAUCAUUAUCAAAUAUAAAUGAUCAUCGAGAUUUAUUAUUAGAACGACGUAUAUAUCGUGAUCGUGCUGCAGCUAAAAUUCAAGCAGCAUAUCGUGGUUAUACUGUACGAAAAUCUUUAUCAUGGUUAAAUGAUAAACAAAAAUAUUUACAUGAUAAAUUUAAUAAACGACCAAUUCAUCGAGAUACAACAUCAAUUAAUAUUGAUAUACGUUUAACAAACGAUAAUUUUCCUAUUGAUUCAACACAUCGACGUUAUGAAAAUGCAUCAAUCAAUAAUUAUCAACAACAAUCUAUACGAAAAAUAACAACAUUACCAUUAUAUUCUGAUGAUUAUGAUAAUAUUCCAAAUGGAUCAAUAUCAAAUUUAUCAACACCAAUUAAUCAUAAACAAAUACCAAUAAUAACUGCAAAUUAUUUAUUAGAUUUACCAAAUACAAAUUCUUCAAUAUUAACAACAUCUAUACCUUCACCUGAAUCUCAUGUACCAUUAGAAAAUGAACGUCGUCGAUCUAUAUCACCACCUUUACCACCACAAAUGUCUCCUGAUAAUGGUCGUCCACUUCCACAUUUAACACAAAAUUUAAUUGAUGAACAUAUUGAUAUAACAAAACGAUUAAAAACAAAUUUACGUUCUCAAAAUUCUCCAGUUAAUACAUUAUCUCAACAACAAUCAAUACGAAAAUCUCCUAUUCAACAAUUAUCAUCAUCAUCAUCAUCAUCAUCAUCAUCAUCAACAAUUAAGAAUCCAAAACGUCGAUCACCAUCUCCACCACCAUUACAACAACAAACAAUAAUAAAUACACAUUCACGUCAUCGUACUCCACAUAAUUCAAGUCCUCCAACAUCUUCAUCUGAAUCGUAA